AGGCUAGUCAAGCCGUCAGAUGGCCACUAAUUUUGGAUUCAUGUCAGCCAGCCGACUCCAAACGACUUAAAACCUAAAUCUUAUUAAUUUAAGGUACAUCCAGGGUAAAAUAUCUACCCUUCAGUCUAUAAAUCGUGAAAUUCCUGCCUUUACAUAUCUUCCAGCCCGAGGCAAGAAGUGGAGGUUUCCCGUCUAGUUCAUAGUCUGAGCUAUGGUUCUUGAUAUUGAUUCCGAGUUAUACCAGAUACUGCUGCAAGGGAAGGAUGAAUGCCGAUGACUGGAAAAUAGUUUUUCAUUUCAAUAUUACAUUGUGCACAAUUAUUUUGCAUUCAGCCUGCAACCUUUGCUCGCAUUGCGGGCCUCUUGGUUGAGUUUUGAGAGACGACUGGGAAUGAGUCAACUUGAUACUGUCCCAUGAUGCUCUAUUAUUCGCCGCUUGUUCCUCUGUCAGCGGUCUCUCGUCUAAAUGUAAAUACGUUUCUUCGAGGAAAAUAACAAUAUGACGAAUGGAACAAAUUUAGCUGAAAUUUCGGUCGAAUUCAGCCAGAAAUCAACCGUUGAGGAUUUUAAAAGCUGCUGCAAAGAUCCAGCUUUUACUCGAAAGAUGGACAACGAUGUUCUUACCACGCUAAAGAUCUUGAUCAUCGGAGAAAGUGGCGUAGGAAAAUCAAGCUUGCUACUAAGAUUCACUGAUGACACAUUUGACCCAGACAUUGGAGCAACCAUAGGUGUUGACUUCAAAGUUAAAACACUGACUGUUGAUGGAAACAAAGCAAAACUAGCAAUCUGGGACACGGCAGGACAGGAGCGGUUCAGGACAUUAACUCCAAGCUACUACAGAGGUGCUCAAGGAGUUAUCCUAGUGUAUGAUACAAGUAGCAGAGAAACAUUUGAAAAACUGGAAGAAUGGCUAAAUGAAGUGGAAAUGUAUUCAACAAAAAAAGACAUCAUUAAAAUGCUGGUCGGCAACAAAAUAGAUAAGGAAGGCCGCGAAGUUGACAGAAAACAGGGACUACAGUUUGCAAGAAGGCAUUCCAUGUUAUUUAUUGAAGCAAGUGCCAGGACACGUGAGGGAGUACAGCUUGCAUUUGAAGAACUUGUGGAGAAGGUAAUCCAGACACCUGGUCUAUGGGAGAAAGACGGCACCACAGGAGGAGUAACACUGACGACUGCCGGGUCACAGGUCAUCUCGGGCUGCAGUGGAAUGUGUUCUCUUACAUAACAACCAUUAAUUAUAAUCUUUUGUGUGAUACUGUAAAUAUAGAGCUUACUACAUGCCCUGUACAUGUACAUGUAUGAAUUUGCAUCACACCUGGUCCAGCUGUGCAAGCUCAGUUGUGUAAACAAAUAUGGAAGGGUCUGGUUUUUGAGCUAAAAGGGAAAGUGUCCCUAUUUCUCAGGAAAAUGUGUAUUUACUAGUCUGUCUUAGAAAGAAAGUAAGCCGCAGCAAGUUAUUUUUAGCAAAUUUUAAUACAAUUGUAGUAUUCUGGAUCAACAACACUGGUACAUUUCUGUAGCUCUGUGACUUGUGGAACAUUGCUUUAACUUUCAGUAGAAAACCAAGAAACUUAAGGAAAAAAAGAGAAAACCAGAAAAUUUCACAAAAAGGCCAAAGUUGCCCAGUUAGUCUCUUGCGAGGGGAUGGAACUUUUGCUCCGUAACAUCUCACAGGAAUCACAGGCUCCCUAUUUUAACUCUUGAAGAUUAAGGUUUUGAUCAAAAUGAAAAAGCUUCUUGCUUGUCUGAGUGAGAUUUUGAAAAAUGGGAAUAUUCAUGACACUAUUUUAAUAGUUAGUUCAGGGGGCCAAUAACUAAAACCAGCCAUUCAGAUUGCUCUAUUACUGGUCCAAUAUUUUCCAAGUAUUGGACCGUGCAGUAUCCCGCAUGAUCCUGCAUGAUUGUCUUGUAUUUGUUUGGCUUCCCACAACAUAAAUUACGAUUUGUUUCCUUUUCCUUCCAAUUCUCUUUUGUUUCUUUUUCCUUGAAAUUGUCGUACAUGUACAUGAGAAAACAUUAUUUUGGCUCUUCAGUUAUCAGAAUUGCAUGCUUGAAGUGUACAUUGCCUUCCAAGUGUGAGGUCCAUACAGUUAGUUACAGACCAAGUUUUUCCCUCUUGAAUUUAUGGUCCAAGCUCAGAGCACCCAGAAGACAUUUUGGCAACAAUAAGAGCUUCAAAUUUUAGUGGGCUGUACCGUAGAAUAUGGCCUGCUAAAUUGACCAGUCACGUCAUGCACAGUUAAAUUUAGAGAUUCAGUAAUAGGAGAAUAUUAUCAGCCCCUUCGUCUUUUUUGUAUAGACCUCUCUGCACUUGGUCAGUAUUCUAAAGACUUUGGUCCAAUAUUUGCCCCAAAGCAGAAAACAGAAAGUUGUACAAACCAGAAAGUUUCCUCUGUAGUUUUGAUAACCCAGGGACAAUUUUGUAUUACAAAGUAGCCUAUUCCAAGCAUUUGGCUAGUUAGGAAGCAGUGAAAUGACCAGCUAGGGGAGAACAUAGAAGAGACUGGUUUGUUUUCUCAUCAUGCUUUGAACUUCUCUCGGCUAACCAAAUGCUUGGAACAGGGUUAGACUGAUCAGUCACACAGACUGAGGCACGGGGGCACUACUGCAUAAAAGUGACCAGGAUUCAUUUCAGAAUUUAAGAAAAAUGCUCCUAAAAGGCAUUAAAAUCCAUUUGUGGG